AUGACUAGACGGAAAUCGAAAACUGUGCCCAGUAACUACCAGAUGCUGAAAACCAGCUGGGGCGUGCAGGGAAAAUUAUUCUUCGAGAAUUCCACGUUGCAUGGUGUUCGAUACAUCGCUGAAGAUGGGAGGCCAUUUAUUGAAAAGCUAAUGUGGUCAAUUUGCGUAGUCGUUGGAACCGUAGCUGCAAUCGUAGUGAUUCUCAGCCUAUGGGAGAAGUUCCAAACUAAUCCCACGAUCACAGGCUUGGACACCGACUUUCACAACUGGGAAGUACCUUUCCCGGCUAUAACUGUGUGCCUACAAGUCCCCACAACCACGGAAAAAAUCGAGAAUUACAUUUCCCAAAUCUUGGGCAGGCGAGCAGAAAAAUUGCCGGGGUUUAAUAUGAAAUAUAUUAAGGAGACAGACAAGGAAUGGUCAAUGCAGUUCCAUUUCCGUUCCCUUGACAACCUCUAUCCCUUGAUGAACACGUGCGACGAAGUGUUCCAGGAGUGCUACUGGAAAUUGGACGCUUAUAAUUGCUGUGAUGGAUUCUUUCCCGUGUUCACAGAGAACGGCUUCUGCUACACCUUCAAUUCCAGGCAUUACGAGAGGAAGAUUCCGGGGCUGCCUCUAGUGGGUAUAUGCUCGAAGAGUCUAACCACAACAAUUUAUGUUUUCGGGAUCACUGAAACCAACUCUGGUAGUUCUCUGGGAAUUUAUAUACUCAAUUCGGACGAGGUGGCGGGGAUAGAUAUGCAGCCCCAGCACGUAUGGAGCGGCGUCGUCGAUAUGAUAUCCCUCUCCGUGAAGCAGACCUACACCACGCCGGACGCGAGACAGCUGAGCAUCAAGCAGAGGCACUGCGCUUUUCCCGAUGAAAUUAAGCUGAAGGUGGACGACGUUUAUUCCUACUCGGCCUGUACCAGACAGUGUCGAAUGGACACAGCGAUGAAGCUAUGCGGAUGCAUCCCCUUCUUCUAUCCAAUGCUCGACUCGUACAAGUACUGUACGUUAGCCAAGAUGACUUGCAUUGGCCAGCAUUUGGAGGAAAUAAAGUCUGUGGAAAAAUGCUCCUGCGUCCUGAGUUGCUCCAACGCCGUCUACGCAGUUGAGAGACUGGACGGAAUAACAAGCAACAACGCUGUGGCGAAAAAAGUGAACUGUGAGUUUGCAUCUUGGCCAAUGGUGCGCUACAAAAGGGAAGUCCUCUUUGGUUGGGUGGAUUUACUAGUUUCGUUCGGCGGCAUCGCCGGAUUGUUCCUGGGGUUCAGCUUACUGUCCGGAGUCGAGAUCCUGUACUAUUUCACGGUGAGGGCGUGUUGCAUGGUGGUCAGGGAGAGGAACGAGCUGCGGAGGAUCCAGGUGGAGAGGGCCGCGAGGCCCCCGCCGUCGUACGACUUGAGUCUGGUGCCUUACUUCAUAUCCGCGCCCCUUCCUGGGAACGGCAUCGACGAGGUCGCCAAGAGCCUCUACGUGGGCAACUUGCUGAGGUAUUCUAAUGACAGAGAAGGGAACGGAUCCAAGCAGGCCGUGCUUGCCUCGAGCCUCAUAGCUCCGUUCGGGAUAGAGUUCACAAAUUAA